CUGUAAAAUUUAUAUAGUACAAAUUCAAUUAAGAUAAAAUAAAAACUAGUUUUUUCUCCUACAACUUAGUAGUAGUUUUGUCGACACGGCGAGUCUGAAGAUAGUCGCAAACUAUUUUAAUUUUAUAAGAACAUAAAUUUGUCUCUCUAUAAAUAGUUUAAUAACAGUAUCAUAAUGAUAGUGUCCACUAUGUUUUUUUUAACUCAUUGUAGUAAAUUAAAUUUAUCCCUUAUAAUUCUAUUUAAUUAUUUUUUAAAAUUUUAUUUCAGUGUUUAUAAACGUUCAAUAGUACCUUAAUUACUAAUAAAAAAUAUAACUCGAUGAGAACGCUUAAUUAUUGUAUCGCUACGUUUUAUAUAUACAAAAACAGUGUAUUAUGAACAAGUCUUCUCGUAUCUUAACCAUUAUUAGAUUACAAAGUGUUUAAUAUUAUAAUUGACAUCUUCCUUUCGAAAUUAUUUAGCUAUUUUAUUUCUACCUUUAAGAUAAUCACUUCAUGAUAUCAGUUUUACAUAACAGUUGGAGAUUUUUAUAACUUACAUGUCUGUAAAUAGGCAUUUCAUACUUUUCCCGCCAGCGUUAUCGACAAAUAGUUGAAACGAUCAAGUGUCUAACAACAAAUCUUAGAUGAUUAGCUCAUUGAAUUUUUAAUGCCAAGCUAUUACAAUUUUUUUAAUAAAUUAAUUUUUAUUUUAUUUAGUAAACAAGAAUACGAAGAUCUUAGCAUGAGUAAUGAGUAUAGUUACUCGCGUGGCCGGCCACCAACAGAUUCACUAAAUCGCAUUGCGGAUUGGGAUAUCAACGACUCAAUCAUUCCAAAGGUGAGUCACUUUAAUCAAUGGGAAGAAUGGGCUGAUGGGCAUUGUCGCCUUGUUUAUCCUCCAAGUUGCGAGGAAGCUAAGCGACACGCUUCUGGUUGGGCCAUGAGAAAUACAAAUAAUCACAAUGUUCAUAUUUUAAAGAAAUCAUGUCUUGGUGUACUUCUUUGCUCUAGGAGAUGUGUAUUACCUUCGGGCGAUACUAUUCAUCUUAGGCCUGCCAUAUGUGAUAAAGCUAGAAAAAAACAACAAGGGAAACCAUGUCCGAAUCGUCAAUGUAACGGUCAUCUAGAAAUUAUGCCUUGCCGUGGACAUUGUGGUUAUCCAGUUACUCAUUUUUGGAGACACACCGAUCAUGCUAUUUUUUUCCAAGCUAAAGGUGUACAUGAUCAUUUAAGACCAGAAGCAAAAUCUACAUCAGAAGCCAGAAGAAGCCUAAAAAUUAGAAACUUUGGUAUGAUUCUAUCAAGAGAAGUUCCGUUUAACAAUAAGAGUGAUACUUUAAGGAAACAAAAGACGAGUGGUCCUAAAAAAAAUUAUUUAAUAAAUUCUCAACCUGUUCAAGUUGUACCUGAUAAUCAAAAUUCAAAUUCAAACUGUUCUUGUCUCCCUUAUUGUUGCGUUUGCAGCCGUCUAGAGUUACCUCAGACAACGGACACGGGAAUGGUUGAACAGACUUUCUUGUCUGGCGAUCAUAACCAAGAUUGGUCAAGUGUGCAGCAUUAUCCGUUGCCGUUGGCUAACCCUACUCCCAUUGAUUUUGCUGUGGCUUUGGGUCCAGAUGCAUUUGGCCAAUCCCAACCUUGUGUCACUUCUUCUCCCAAUGACAUGUUUCAACAACCCGUACAAGGCACAUCAGAGUAUGCGAAUAAGUCGCCGACAACUGUACUGGACUUGGGUAGUGGUACUAUCCACCACAAAAGUCCCCCUAUGUCGACGCAUUGUGAUGACUUGGUAGGAUGGCAGCAGAGUUAUCGCCAUCCUGCUGAAGACUUCCGCUGUUACCAAGCCGACGAUGUUUCUCUUAGUCAUCACAAUCAACAUCGAUACCAGGAUCAUGACCAGUAUCAGUAUAUGGUGAAGACUGAAAUUACUAGUUCCGACGGUAGCAAUAGUAUCGCACAUGAAUCUUCUUUGGACUUCAUGUACUCAAUGCCCCAUGAAGCAGAGUAUUACCCUCAAAUCCCAGGAGACGCUAAAAUGAGUUCUGUCAAUGGCGUUGUUGGUUUAUCAAGUCCUAUUGAUUUUAUUGAGACAGAAUCUGAGGGCUUGACUGACGCCUCUGUUAAUUUUAUGGUGUUAGAUCCAACAAAAAUUUUGAACAAUAACAACAAUAGUUAUUAUAUGGAUUCCUAUUGUGAAAAUAAUGUAGAAGCAUCGAAUGGAUUUAAUGAAUUUUCAAUGAGCUCUGAAAACGUAAAUUGGUCUCAAUAAAUAUGUUCUAGAUUUAAUAAUUAUUUUUUGUAUAGUUCUUUUUGUGAAUACUUUACCAUGUUUGUUUUUAAAAUUGUGUAUGUGUGAGGGUUAAAGCAAAAGUUGUGUAAGUCAAUUUUUGGAUAAAAUGAGUUUGAACUGAAAAUAAAAAUUUCAAACGUACCUCUUUCUUUGGUAUCAACGAUAACAAUAAAAUUAAAUUAUAAUGUAAUAUUAUUGCAUUUUAAAAAUAUACAUUUAUAUUAGUCCUUAUAAGAUUAAAAUAUUUCAAACGACUCUCCGGAAAAAUUAUAUUAAUUGAUUUACUUUAAUUUCGCUUUAACACCCACAUACUUCGAUUUAAGUAAAAAAUUAUGUAUAGAUCCUCAAAAAGUCAAAACUAUGAUUAAAAGGAUUUAUUACAACUCCUAUUGUUGUGUAACAUUCGCCCUAUUUGUAUUAAUGUGAUAGUUUAUUUACUAUCACUGCACGCAUUUAAAAUAAAUCAUGUUUUGAAGUAAAAUAUUUCUACGAUUUUUUUUUAUCGCGAAUAAAUUUAAA